AUAAGAGAAUCUGAACUAAAUUGCUCUCAUGAGAAAAAAGGUGCUUGCAAAUAAUUUGUGUCGGUGCGCAUCACAUUUGCAAGUGGAUAUAACGUGGCUCACUGGGUGAAUGAAUGUACUCCAUUUGCUUGUGACCUCGUGCGUCCUUUGACAUCAUUUAACUUAGGUAAGCUUCCGCUGCGGUUUCCCGCCAAGUACAAGAUUAUGUUUGGGGGAAAAAAAAGCAUGCAAUUGUAUUUUUGACCAAAGUUGAUAAAAACAUAUAGUUUGCCUUUGCUGAGAUGGUUUUAACCUGAGUUGCAGAGUCUUCACAGUCAGUUGAGAUUCUCUUUGCAUACUGAUUUGGGAGGCCCUCAUCCUUUGCUGAUGCCGAUUCUAAUCAUGCAUUCCAAAAUGCAUGGAAAUGUUUUGCCAAUAGAAGCAUCAUGUUACUUGUUUAAAGCAGAGAGGCAUCAUACAGACAGCUUUACACAGGCUUGCGCAAUGGAAGUGAAGAGAAUGCGACAAUUUCUUGUCUCUUGCUAUGUGAUGGAAUAUGUUUUACACACAUGGUCUCAGUGCAGCAAAUCUCAGUUCAACCUGAAUGGAAACUAUUUGAUAGGUGGACUUUUUGACAUUCACACUAGUAGCGCUGGCAGCCACGAGAGACCAGAGGCCAUCCGCUGUUCCAGUCAAGCCUUGAGUGUGUCAAGUUAUCGGCGGUUUCAGCUGAUGAGAUUCACUGUGGAGCAGAUCAAUAACUCAACACAACUCUUGCCCAACGUGUCUCUGGGCUACAAGAUAUUUGACCACUGCUCAGUUUCCGACAAUUUCCCCGGUAUUUUGGACCUCAUCUCAAACAAGGGAUUGAUCCGACCUUGGAGUGAAGAAAGGCUGCAUGUGUCUGCAGCCUCCAAAGUCGUAGGAGUGGUAGGCCCUUUUACAAGCACCGACACGCUGACGACAGCGCCGCUCUUCAUGAUGGAUCUCAUUCCACUGGUCAGCUACGGCGCUGGCAGCUCGGCCUUUUCCGAAAAAGCAAAAUAUUCAUCUUUCCUGCGCACCGUGCAUUCCAAUCAAGCCAGCAUCAAAAUGAUUGUUGCCAUCAUGAAUCACUUCCAUUGGGAGUGGGUGGCCUUCCUAAACAGCAACGAUGCUUACGGCAAUGACGGUCUGGCGCUCUUCAGGAAGAUGAUUAAAGAUACCGACAUUUGCCUGGCCUUCGCCAUGGAUCUCAAACACAACUCAAAUUACUCUGAAAUGUUCCACCAUAUUGAAGAGCAGAGAAUAAAAACCAUUGUAGUUUUUGCACCCAAACUGCUGGCCGAGACUCUCGUCGAGUCGGCGGUACAGUUGGGCGUCACCAACAAGGUGUGGCUGGCGAUUGACACCUGGUCCUUAAGUGAGAAGCUCCCCAAAAUAAAAGGCAUCCAAAAAAUUGGAACUGUACUGGGAGUAUCUCAGCCUGUAGUAAAAAUACCCGGUUUCACAGAAUUUCUUCUUGCGUCCCAAAGCCAAGGUCCUUGUGACAAUGCAGAGGAGCUUCAGUUUUGCAAUCAGAUUUGCAACUGCUCUACGCUGAGCGCACAGGAUAUCAUCUCCGUGGACCCGUCCUACUCUUUUUCUGUUUAUUCCGCCGUAUAUGCCAUCGCUCACGCCUUACACAACGUCUUGAAAUGUGACACGUACAGGUGUCUGGGAAAUAUUUCCGUCUUUCCCCACACGGUUCUGGUGGAGCUGAAGAAGUCCAAUUUUACACUGCUCAACCAGCGCGUACAAUUUGAUGAGCACGGGGACCCCAAUUUUGGAUCUUAUUCCAUCGUUUUCUGGAACAAAAGCGGGGGCAUUGAGGAGAUUGGAGUCUAUGGAUUUUCUUCCUCGCUCAGCUUUGCUAUCAACGACAGUAGAAUUCACUGGCAUGGCGAAUGGGAGGUUCCAACGUCACAAUGCUCUCACAAGUGUCCCGUUGGCUUUGCAAAGAAGCCGGACGGAAUUCACAAGUGUUGCUUCACCUGUGAGGAAUGUCCUAAUGGAACCUAUAUCAACAGCACAGAGGACGCAUACACGUGUUUGGAGUGUAAGGAGACGGAAUGGUCCCCAGAAGCCAGCACAUCUUGCACCCUACGAAAAGUGGAGUACGUCUUGUUUGAGGACAGCACUGCUAUUUUGAUCUUGGCGGGAACAUUGCUGCUACUCUGCCUGGGAGUCGCCAUGUGUGUCAUCUUUGCACUCAACUACAACACGCCAGUCGUCAGGUCCGCCGGCGGCCACAUGUGCUUUCUCAUUUUGGGAUGCCUCAGUCUGAGCAGCCUGAGUAUCGUCUUCUUCUUUGGAAAGCCCUCGGUUUUCUCGUGCGUCUUACGUUUCAUGCCCUUUUUGUUGCUUUUCUCGAUGUGCCUUGCGUGUUUUGUGGUGCGUGCUUUCCAGAUUGUUUGCGUUUUCAAAAUGGCCGCCAAGUUCCCCAAACUAUACAGUUGGUGGGUGAAAUAUCACGGUCAGUGGCUCGUCGUCAUAGGGACGUUUUUAAUGCAAUGCGUCCUGAAUUCGGUUAGCUUUUGGAUUUCCACCCCCAAGCCGUACAAUGAGACAACGUGGUCUCCAGACAAAAUUAUCCUGAGCUGUGAAAUCAGUGCCAAGGCGGCCACCGGUCCGACGGUUAUGCUCAUGUCUUUGUGCGCCCUCUGCUUCAUUUUCUCCUACAUGGGGAAGGACCUCCCCAAAAAUUACAACGAGGCCAAAGCGAUAACCUUCUGCCUGCUCUUGCUGAUCCUCACCUGGAUUGUUUUUGUGACGAUUUCUUUGCUUUAUAGGGGCAAGUUUGUCCAAAGCCUGAAUGCUCUGGCAGUGCUCUCCAGCCUCUACUCCUUCUUCUUGUGGUAUUUCCUCCCAAAAUGUUACAUCAUUAUUUUUCAACCCCACAAAAACACACCACAGUACUUCCAAGGUAUAAUCCAGAAUUAUACCAAAACAAUUAGCCAGUAGCACCCUGCAAUGAAUACCACCUCACAAUAACCAUUGAUUAAUUUCAAACAGUUGCUGUUAUUAUUUUUAUAAUCGACAUUUGGUGUGAUGUAAAUUUCACUGAACAGCAGGGGGCAACGUGAAAUGUCAGCCAGGAAAUACAUAGGUGGCUUUGUCUGCUUAAUUCUUAAAUCUGAAACCUGUGUUUUAGUCACGCGUUGAUUGUCUGUCGG